CGAAACCCCUCUCUCUCUCUCUCUCUCUCUCUCUCUCUCUCUUACACUGACAUUUUCUCUCUCCGUCUUAAAUUUUCCGAUCUGAAAGCUGCCGGAGGGAGUUCAAAUGAACGGCGAAGGAAGGAGGCGGGACCGCCGUGACCCGCGGAGCUCCAAGAAGCAGAAGCUAAUCCGCACCGCCGGGGAAGAGCUCGAGUCCAAGUUCGGCUUCGAUCUCUUCUCUGAAGGCGACAAGCGCCUCGGAUGGUUGCUCACAUCCUCUCCCUCGUCUUGGGAGGAUGAAGACACUCAACACGUCUAUAGUUGUGUCGAUCUUUAUUUUGUUUCACAGGAUGGUUCGAUUUUCAAGUCAAAAUACAAGUUCCGACCUUAUUUCUAUGCAGCCACUAAGGAAAAAACAGAAGUAGAUGUUGAAGCAUAUUUGAGACGGCGCUAUGAAAGCCAAAUUGCUGAUAUUGAAAUCAUUGAGAAAGAAGACCUUGAUCUUAAAAACCAUUUGUCUGGCUUGCACAAACCUUAUUUGAAGCUAUCUUUUGACACGGUUCAACAAUUAAUGAAUGUGAAGAGUGACCUAUUGCAUGUCGUUCAAAGAAACCAGGAAAAAUUUGAUGCUGCAGAAGCAUAUGAGUCCAUUAUAGCAGGGAAAAGAGAACAAAGGCCUCAAGAUUUUCUAGAUUGUAUUGUUGAUCUCCGCGAGUAUGAUGUUCCUUAUCAUGUUCGAUUUGCCAUUGAUAAUGAUGUACGAUGUGGGCAAUGGUAUGACGUUAGUGUAUCCAGUACUGGUCUUAUGCUGGAAAAGAGGACAGAUCUUUUGCAACGUGCUGAAGUGCAUGUUUGUGCAUUUGAUAUUGAGACUACAAAGCUUCCUUUGAAAUUUCCUGAUGCUGAAUACGAUUUAGUAAUGAUGAUUUCGUACAUGGUUGAUGGACAAGGGUACCUGAUUAUUAACAGAGAGUGUGUUGGAGAUGAUAUAGAGGACUUAGAGUAUACUCCAAAACCGGAAUUUGAAGGGUAUUUUAAAGUGACAAAUGUGAGAAAUGAGGUAGAGCUUCUUAGACAGUGGUUUGCUCAUAUGCGAGAGGUGAAGCCUGGUAUUUAUGUCACGUACAAUGGUGAUUUUUUUGACUGGCCGUUCCUGGAAAGCAGAGCAGCCUAUCAUGGGUUAAAAAUGAGUGAGGAGGUAGGAUUUCAGUGUGACAAGAAUCAAGGGGAGUGUCGUGCUAAAUUUGCUUGCCAUCUGGAUUGCUUUGCUUGGGUCAAACGUGAUAGUUAUCUCCCUCAAGGAAGCCAGGGCCUAAAGGCUGUUACUAAAGCAAAGUUGGGUUAUGAUCCCCUGGAGGUGAAUCCUGAGGAUAUGGUUCGCUUUGCAAAGGAAAAGCCUCAGAUGAUGGCCUCCUAUUCUGUUUCUGAUGCUGUUUCAACUUACUACUUGUACAUGACGUAUGUUCAUCCCUUCAUUUUCUCUCUUGCUACUAUUAUACCUAUGUCACCAGAUGAGGUUUUACGCAAAGGUAGUGGGACCCUUUGUGAAAUGCUGCUUAUGGUUCAGGCGUAUCAGGCUAAUGUUAUCUGUCCUAACAAACACCAAUCUGACCCAGAGAAGUUUUACAAUAGUCACCUUCUUGAGAGUGAGACUUAUAUAGGUGGCCAUGUGGAAUGCCUCGAAAGUGGGGUUUUUAGAUCUGAUAUUCCUACUAGUUUCAAGCUUGAUCCAUCUGCCUAUGAGCAACUGAUCAACAACCUUGACCGGGAUUUGCAAUAUGCUAUUAGAGUAGAGGGUAAGAUGGACUUGGAAUUGGUGUCCAAUUAUGAUGAAGUGAAGAAUGCUAUAAUGGAAAAGCUUGUAAGACUGCAAGGCGAACCUAUACGCGAUGAAUGCCCCCUUAUUUAUCAUCUUGAUGUAGCUGCAAUGUAUCCAAAUAUUAUUUUAACAAACAGACUCCAGCCACCAUCAAUAGUUACAGAUGAGGUCUGCACUGCAUGUGAUUUCAACCGUCCAGGAAAAACUUGUCUACGAAAGCUUGAAUGGGUUUGGCGUGGAGAGACAUUCAUGGCAAAGAAGAGUGACUAUUAUCAUUUGAAGAAGCAAAUUGAGUCUGAGUUCGUUGAUGGUACUGGUGGUCAGUUGCCAAAAUCUUUUCUUGACCUACCAAAGACAGAGCAACAAUUGAGGCUAAAAGAGCGUCUAAAAAAGUACAGUCAGAAGGCAUAUAAACGGGUACUUGAUAAGCCAGUCACUGAACUCCGAGAAGCAGGGAUCUGCAUGCGGGAAAACCCAUUUUAUGUUGACACUGUUCGUAGCUUUCGGGACAGAAGGUAUGAAUACAAAGGACUUAACAAGGUUUGGAAAGGGAAGUUGUCAGAAGCCAAGGCUAGUGGAAAUUCUAUAAAAAUCCAGGAAGCACAAGAUAUGGUAGUGCUUUAUGAUUCAUUACAACUUGCCCAUAAGUGUAUACUUAAUUCCUUCUAUGGUUACGUCAUGCGCAAGGGUGCAAGAUGGUACUCAAUGGAAAUGGCUGGAGUAGUUACGUAUACAGGAGCAAAAAUAAUUCAGAAUGCUCGCGUAUUGGUUGAAAAAAUUGGAAAACCACUUGAAUUAGAUACAGAUGGUAUCUGGUGUGUGCUCCCUGGAUCUUUUCCAGAGAACUUUACUUUCAAAACCAAAGACUUGAAGAAGAAGCUGACAAUCUCAUAUCCAUGUGUUAUGCUCAAUGUUGAUGUGGCCAGAAACAAUACAAAUGAUCAAUACCAGACACUAACAGAUCCAAUCAAUAAAAGAUAUACAACUCAUAGUGAAUGCUCGAUUGAAUUUGAAGUCGAUGGACCAUACAAGGCAAUGAUUAUUCCUGCUUCUAAGGAAGAAGGAAUCUUAAUUAAGAAGCGAUAUGCUGUUUUUAAUGAUGAUGGAACCCUUGCCGAGCUUAAAGGUUUUGAGAUCAAGCGUAGAGGUGAGCUGAAGCUCAUCAAAGUUUUCCAGGCUGAGCUCUUUGAUAAGUUCCUCCAUGGGUCCACCUUGGAGGAAUGCUAUUCAGCUGUAGCUUCUGUUGCAAACCGCUGGCUCGAUCUUCUUGAUAAUCAAGGAAACGAUAUCGCAGACAGUGAGCUGCUUGACUACAUAUCUGAGUCAAGCACAAUGAGCAAGUCCUUAGCUGACUAUGGUGAACAAAAGUCAUGUGCAGUGACGACUGCAAGACGCCUUGCUGAUUUUCUUGGUGAUGCAAUGGUUAAAGAUAAAGGACUCCGCUGCCAGUAUAUAGUUGCAUGUGAACCUAAGGGAACACCUGUAAGUGAGCGUGCUGUUCCUGUUGCAAUAUUUGAAACUGAUGCUGAAAUAAUGAAGCAUUAUGUGCGGAGAUGGUGCAAGAUUUCAUCAGAUGUGGGCAUUCGAUCCAUUAUUGACUGGUCUUAUUACAAGCAAAGGCUUAGUUCAGCAAUUCAGAAAGUUAUUACCAUUCCUGCAGCAAUGCAAAAGGUUGCGAAUCCCGUCCCUAGGGUAGUACAUCCUGAUUGGCUGCAUAAGAAGGUUCGUGAGAAGGAGGACAAGUUUCGACAACGCAAAUUAGUUGAUAUCUUCAGCUCGUUGAACAGGGAUGAAUUUUUGAAAAAGAAUAGUGAUGCUGCUGGCGCCAAUGGUAUGAUGAAUGAAGAAAUUGUUAAAGACUUGGAGGACUUUGGAAACAAAAGCAGAAAAUCUGUAACUGGACCUAGACCAAUUGUUCGUUGCUAUGAAGUUAAUAAUAGACAAAACUCUGUCAAGACAAAUGACCAAGUAGGCUACCUGCAACAACAAACUGAUCAUAGGCUACCUGCCCUUUCUUCUGAAAACAUUGACAAAAAUGUAGAUUAUCGAGGAUGGCUUGAACUGAAGAAAAGAAAGUGGAAAGAUACUCUAGAGAGAAGGAAGAGGCAAAGAUUGAGCAAUUCAAGGACCCCACGCCGUGGUAAAGGUCUUCUUGAAGUGCUGGGUGAUGUGACAAAUCAUAAAGAUACUCAGGGCAGAUCUGGUGUCAGUUCAUAUUUUAAGAGGCAUGAAGCAUCUCUAACACGCUGCCACUGGCAGAUUAUACAGCUAGUUCCCAGUUCAGAUGGCCAAUUUUUUGCUUGGGUUGUUUUAGAAGGAAUCAUGCUUAAGAUUCCCAUGACUGUUCCUAGGGUAUUUUACCUCAACUCAAAAGCACCUGUAACAGAAGAAUUUCUGGGAAGGCGCGUAAGCAAGAUUCUUCCUCAUGGAAGGCGUAGCUUUAACUUGUAUGAGGUUAUAAUUGAUGAAGAUCAAUUUAGAAAAUAUAGCAAAAAACUUGCAGCCCUCCUUGCAGACCCUGAAGUUGAGGGGAUAUAUGAAACAAAGGUGCCAUUGGAGUUUAAUGCCAUCCUCCAGAUUGGUUGUGUCUGUAAAGUGGACAAAACAGCUAAGAAAAGAAAUAUCCAGGAUGCCUGGAGUCUGAGUGAACUACACAUGAAGACAACAACUGAAUGCUCUUAUCUGGAGCAAUCCAUCUCCUUCUUUUACUUGUAUCACAGCAUCUCUGAAGGACGAGCUAUAUAUAUUGGGUAUUUUCCUGCAUCAAGAACAAUAUCUGUUGUGGUGGUUAAUCCUUAUCAAAAUAAAGAUUUGUCACCAUCUUUUCUUGAAAAACAAUUCCGUGAAGCUUGCCAAGCUCUAUCUGUUGAACCACCUCCUCCUAGAAAUGGUGUAAUUUUCAAGGUGGACUAUGUUGGAUAUAUCAAGGAUGCUGAAAAGAUUUUACAAAGAGAAAUAAAUGAGUACAGACAUGAACAUCACGGACCUACAAUUGCUGUUAUUGAAUGCCCAAAUGCUCAAUCAAUGAAGUCAGGUAUACGAGCUCUAGAUGAUUUCCCAUGUGUGACCAUUCCUUCCAAUGCUCGCGAUAGUCACUAUCAGGUUCUUGGGUGGCAGCAAGUGGCUGCGAAAAUUGGAAUGCAACGUUGUGCUGCAUCGUCCCAGUGGUUGAAUGACAGAAUCUCUCUGUCAAGAUAUGCCCAUGUACCAGUGGGGAAUUUUGAACUUGAUUGGCUUGUAUUUACAGCAGAUCUCUUCUUUUCAAGAGCACUACGUGAUCAACAACAGGUACUUUGGAUAUCUGAUGAUGGUGUUCCAGAUCUAGGUGGCAUUAAUGAGGAAGAUACCUGUUUUGCUGAUGAGGUCCAUCAACCUGUUCUUACAUACCCUGGUGCAUAUAGAAAAAUAACAGUGGAGCUAAAGAUUCAUCACCUGGCUGUAAAUGCUCUUUUGAAAAGCAACCAAGUGAAUGAAAUGGAAGGAGGUGCUUUGCUAGGAUAUGACCAGGACAUGCAUUCUGGAGCACCUGUUCAGAAUGAACAUGUUGGCUUUGAUGAGGAUACCGCAUGUGCACCUGCAUUUCGUGUCCUAAAACAGUUGAUCCAAAGGUGCCUUGCAGAUGCAGUCACGUUUGGAAAUGUAUAUGCUGAUGCAAUAUUGCAACAUCUAUAUCGAUGGCUCUGCAGCCCUGAAUCAAAACUUCAUGACCCAGCUCUUCACCGCAUACUUCACAAGGUGAUGCAAAAGGUGUUUGCAUUAUUGUUGGCCGAGUUUCGGAAAUUGGGUGCCACAAUUAUUUUUGCAAACUUCUCAAAGGUUAUUAUAGACACAGGCAAAUUUGAUCUCUCUGCUGCCAAAGCUUACUGUGAUAGCUUGCUUAAAACUCUGCAAAAGAGAGACUUGUUUGAGUGGAUUGAGCUUGAGCCAAUGAACUUCUGGCAUUCUUUGCUUUUCAUGGAUCAGUAUAACUAUGGUGGAAUUCCGGCCAAAGCUGAUGAUAUUGUACCUGAUGAAUCUCAAGUGGAUAUUGUGUCAAGCUGGAAUAUUGCUGAAUACUUACCCAAGAAAAUUCAGGAUCAUUUUGUUUUUAUCGUCUCUCAGUUUAUGUAUAUUCCCUGGAGUUAUGCACAAAAGCAAGCUGCAAUUAGAGCCUCUUUGCAGGAUGGCAACUUGUCUACUCCGUCAGUGACUGUUGCAGGUGCUGAGAAUUUUGAGUCACAUAUGACAGAAUAUCUAAAAGGGCAGAUCAGCUCUUACUUCACAGACAAACUUUUGGGUAUUGUUCGUGAUACCAUUCUUCAUAUGAAGGGGAUGAGCAAAACUGAAAAUGACCAAAACUUAUCUUCUGGGCUCCCACAAUUUGCUGAUAAAACCCACAAAGGGGAUGCUGCGCUUGAGUUCAUUAAGCAUGUGUGCGCUGUUCUGGCCCUAGACCAAAAUGUUCAACAUGAUGUUCUGGUGAUGAGAAAGAAUCUUUUAAAAUUUGUGCGUGUGAGGGAGUUUGCUCCAGAAGCUGAGUUUCAUGAUCCUUGCCCAUCCUUCAAUUUAUCAAAUGUCAUUUGCAGCUACUGCAAUGACUGCAGAGAACUGGACUUAUGCCGUGACACAGCUCUACUGGCUCAGGAGUGGCGCUGUGCUGUGCCACAAUGUGGCCAACCUUACGAUCGUGAGGUCAUGGAGAACGCUCUUCUUCAAAUCGUACGGCAGAGAGAACGUCUCUACCACUUGCAGGACCUGGUGUGUCUUAGGUGCAAUCAGGUGAAGGCUGCACAUUUAGCUGAGCAAUGUGCUUGUGCAGGCCCAUUUAAGUGCAAGGAAGAUUUGACUGAAUUCCGGAGUAAGAUGCAGAUUUUCUUGAAGAUAGCUAUUCAUCAGAAAUUUCAACUUCUCCAGGAGUGUACCUCAUGGAUUUUAGAACUUCAAUGACUAUUAACCUAUAGUCUCCUAUAAAUUCAAUUGGAUGAGUGACCAAUGUGGGCAGUUAUUAAAAGAUGCCUGAAAUUGGUGAGCUUAAAUUAUAAUGUUAGGGUUGAAGCUAUUGUAGUUGAAGGGAAAAAUAAAUGAGGUUAGGGAAUUGUAUUGCUACUCAUGACAUAGGCUCAGGUAUUGGUUCCUCAAUGGGUAGAUGUUGCUAUAGUUAUGCUAGGCAGGGUCUUCCAUGGAUUGGUCCCCAUCUCUCUUUUUCGCUUUAGUAAAACUCAUGACUUACAUUUUCUAUCCCCACUUUUCCGGGGGUGGGGGGGAUUGGGGUUGGCACAAGAUCUUUGGUUAAACGAUGUAUUACAAUUUUUUUUUUCUUUUAUUUGUAGAUUGUGUAUAAUGUGUUAUAUCAGAAACUUGUAUAUAACUUUGAAAUGAUUCAUUCAAUCAAUGAAAUAUAAUUUGUAUUCAGUGUACAA